GGAUUGUAGCACAGCAGCCAGGAAGAGUGACAAGCAGUGAAUCACACUACCAAUGUGUUAUUGCUUGGGCAGCACAGUGACUUAGCUCCUGAGAGAUUGCUCUGCUGCACAGCCAGCAUGCUUUCUGCAGAAGCUGGGAGCUGGCAGAAAAAUGUUACUUGUGAGAGUUCGAUAGACAUGGAGCUAUUUCUACAUUAUUCCCUUAUUCCAUCAUGUGCCAUCAUUUUGGUGCUUUCCUUCCUGGAAAGAAGAGUGAACAGGAGGCCGAUAGAUGAGAAUUUGCAUCUCCUCGAUGGGCGCUUCGGAAUUGUGAUCCCGUUGGACUUUGUUGGGACGUUCACCAACCGAUGGUCAUUUGGUUUUGCAUUUGGAGCUACUGCCAAUAAGGUUAUGUUCCUGUUCUCGGAGGGUUACCUGUCAUGGCGCGUGCCCAAAUGGGCCCAAGCCAUCGUGCUCCUGGUGGGGGGCAUUGAAGUGGGUCUCUCCUAUUUCCCCCUCUUCGCCUGCCUCUCGACAGAUUUCCAGGUCGUAGGGUCGGCGCUGGGAUUCUCCUAUACUUUCAUUUGGUUCGUAGUCGCAGUUGCAUGCAUUGUUCAGUGCCCACAUGGACAAGUGGUUGGAGAAUAUGAGAAGAUACUUUUUUAUUGGCCUUCCCUCUUGUGCCUGGUCUUCUUGUUGGGCCAGUUUGUGCACAUGUUUGUGAAAGGCAUGAGGGCUCACUUACACCAGGAGGUGCCAAAGGAGGACAAACGUUUCCUGGAGGCACAUCUGGCCCAGCAUGUCAAGCAGCUAUUCCAGAAGCUCCCACAGCAGCAGGCUCAGAAAUCUUGGUUCCAGCGGAAAGUGUAUGAAUGGGACCCAUGCUUCCGGUUCCCUGGAAGAAUGAUCUGCACUUCUGUGCUGUCCUUAAUCUGCCUGUACAUUUUUAUCAUUAUUGAGUUUUACAUUUACAAACAUGUCUCUCAUGAACUGGAGAUACUGGAGGGGAGUUUUGAGGAACUUGGUGCUUCCAUCAAUACCUCAGAAGUACUUAAACCAGCUGUCCUGAAGAUGAAAGAGCUUAUUAAUGUCACCCAAGGUGCUUGGAUUUUCACUAUUUUCUCUGCCUUGCUGACAUGCGUGAGCUACGUGUUUCACAUCUUAGCCUGCUACAGAAAACACAUGAAGCGACUGUGGGCUGGAAAGAAAGAUUUCCUUCCAUUGAUGUCACGCCAUCCUUCUUCUUCUCAGAGUGUUGCAGCCAUAGCAAGAUACUCUGGUUGGCAAAUUGCAUACAUCCUAUGGGGAUACCUGAUAAUCCAUGUUGUGCAGUGCCUGUUUGGCGUCCUAAUUGUAUACAGUUUUGUUCUACCAAUAAAGCAUGGCCACGGACUGGAAAUGGCAAAAGGCUUGGGAAUCGGCGCACUCACCAUUGGGAUUGUCAUAGGGUUCAUGAUAUUGCAGAUCCAGAUUGCUGCAAGCUUCUUCCUUCAGCCAAAGAUCAGGCCAGAAGAUAAGCAGAAGCCGUUAGCACUCAAUAACAGGAAAGCUUUCCACAACUUCAAUUACUUUCUGUUCUUCUACAAUGUGCUCCUGGGCCUGGGGGCUUGUUUGUUCCGCCUCCUUUGUAGUUUCAUCCUGGGGACCUGGCUGAUUGCACGGAUAGACAGGACAAUCAUGCAGAAAGGGUAUGAAGCUGCUGACAUAGGGUUCAAGACAUGGAUUGGCAUGAUAUUUAUGGACCACCACCAUACCAACCCCACCCUCCUUAGCUUCUGUCACAUUCUCCUGACCAGGAACACUGAGAAGAAAUUACACAGAUCAACCAAAUACAGUUACUUCAAAAAUGCAUCAGAAUCCAAAGUGUCGAACACAACGAAGACAAGGUGGCUGCUGCUCUACACUCUCCUGAACAACUCUCAGCUCGCUGCACUCAGGAAGCAUAAACUGCAGUCCAGCUCCAGGAACGCCUCACAGAAUUGCCGAACCUAACUUGUUGCGCGUGUAGAGUGUGGGAGACCAGGGGACUUGCACCAAAGGUGGCUGCCUUUGGGUCUGGGAAAAGUCAGCUCUCUGUUAGGACUUGAUUUUCUCAAUGGCUGUCUUGAACACACAGAUCACAUGCUAGUCUUUUCUCAUUUUGUCCACUACCCCAGGUCAGACAGGCAUGAUGGAACUGACCUUCUCCCCUGAAUACCUGGUAACCAAUGCAAGUUUGGUUUUACACUGGUUUUCCUUUCCCAGUUACUACAGCUGCUGGUAUUAACUCCUGCAGCAGUUCAUAAACAUUUGAGGAAACUCAGCACAUGGGCACUAAGUUCUGAAGUUACAUUUCAGUUAUUAGUUGACAACAAAAGUCACUCUCUGGUGCCUUCUAAUGCCUAAUAGCUGUUAUGUCCAGAUGCAAAACAGAACCGUGUUGUUUGUACAGUCUGAGUCUAACACAUGGGAAUGCUGGCAGAAAGAGAAGGGCCCGCUUAUUCACUGCAGUCCUACAUAAAGAGGACAGGGGUUGUGACUUGGUCUGGGUUCACAAGAACCCGCAAAAGCUCAUAGGCUCUUCUUUCCCUAAUAAGGCACGUGGAUUGCCAGCAAGAGAGAGAUCUCUCACACCCAUGGGUGCUAUAUGCUGUACAGCUGUCUUGUACAGAGGAAGGUAGGAAGACUCCUGUUUCUGCCAAGGUGUUUUCAUGCAUCCACCCAAUGAACUGCUCCUUUUUAUGGCACUGGACCAAUCUUUUUCUGUGUUUAGCUUCUGAACUGGCCAGAGAUAUAAGCUUGCUUGCCCUUGUGCACUGCCUAAAGGAGCAGGCAGGAGGGUGGAGUAUCCAGAGGGUGGCUGGAAACACAAUAGCAAGAUAUUACAUGCAUCUGGUGUUUGGCCUGUGCUGCUGCUGAGCAAGGGGAAUAAAUACAAAGGCUAGGGGUGUUCCAGAUGAGCAAGUUGGACUGCUUACACUCAGUAUGAGAGCUGCAGGAAGGAUAGGCCUCCUGAGUCUUGGUAGGCUGCUGACAGCACAGUGGGGAAAAGGGAGACUUAAACUGAAUGGAACAGGAAAACACAUCUCAGCCCUCACAGUGAGCUUAUGAUGACCUAUGUUCAAGAGGGAAGGACAUGUCCUAUCUAAUUAAUGUUUUCAUUAUCUCCAUGAUGACCCAAGAAGUCCCUUCCAGUCCUAUUUUCAGUCUUGGGCCUUCUCUAGCCCCUGCUAGUUUGACACAAUCAUCUGGGACUGCACUUUGCUGGGAGGCCACAAAUGCAAGAGGUUGCAGAUUUGGAAGGCUGAACAUCUUGUUUCAAUUCAGGCUCUUUCACCUAUGCUCUUGCAUUUUCUCCAUCCUGCUAGGCAGUAACAAGCAGUGUGUAACAAGACUCCUAACUAGCUGGUCAGUGCUACCUAUAGCUACUAUUGUAGAUAAAAGAACUGCCCUGUCUCCUCCAACAUGGCAGAGGCAGGCAUGAAAACCAUUUGUGAGCUGCUUUUUCUGUCUAACCCUCAUCUGUAGAGAGCAAUUACAAUGAAGAGCCCACUCUGUAUACCUUUGAAAAGCAGGGAUGUGUGGUGGGAGAAACCUCCCUAAGGUCCGUUGUCUAGCUGUAAUUUGAUUGACAGACAACGCGGGUAAAUAAAGACAGCUGUUUAUUUGCUCGAGCAAAGACCAUAAAGCCAGCAAAAGGCAAAAUGGCCCCCCCUCAAGGGUGAGGCGGUCUUUUAUACUUCUUACAACAAAGCAAGACUAUAUGGUUAACAAAAAGCAAUACUUGGGGCGGUGCUCUACAAAUCUUUGUAACAGCAUAUUUCUAUUAAACUGAACUAGCACUUUUUAAAAGCUAAAAGUUAAGUAACAGUAACAUUAUGUUAGCAAAACCUUACACAGUAGAAGAUACUUCUCAAGGACACAACCAGUAAGCUCAAACAAUGGUUUCUCUGUCUUAUCUUACUUCUAGCUGUAGCUGAUUUUUUUUAGCACACAUACACAGAUUCACUUUUUAACUCAGAAAAUGCUUGUUGCAGUUAAAAUGAUUACUUGACACAAGCAAAGGCCUAGCUAUCAUUCUGCCUUGUGGUCAGCUGCAUUACUAGGCCACAGGUCAUGCCUUGUAUUCAGCUGUAAAGCUAAUACUUCUUAAAAAUCCAAAUUAUUGUAAACCUAACAGUAUGCUUUCAGAAAACUGUUCUAUUUCAGGGCAAUGACAAACCUGCGGACUACAGAUGUAACUGAAAUGAACUCUAGCAUUGAAGUUAAGUCAAGCUUGCAUAGAACAUGGGUUCUGCUUGUGGAACAAGAACUGUAAAACCUACACUCAGGGGUAUCGGAGGAAUAUCAGACCAGAUUUCAGUAUCAAAGAGAACAACUACAAAAGUAUCUGCCUAGCAUGCAAGAAGUGGGCUUUUUUCCCUAAACCAAUAAGGAAAAAAAUAGCUGUGUUAGGGGAAAGGGCUGUAUCAGGGCGUGCAAAAACUGCACAAAACUUAGCAGUGAAAGAAGUUAAGGGAUACAUAUCAUUCAUGUCCUUCUAUUUUAUCACUUUCACAUUGUCUGCGAUGCUGCUACAAGUGCUCCAUAAAACUUUCACUUCCCACUCUGACAAAUAUGCCCAAAUCAGCAUUUUUAUCACCUCCCUCAAACUUGUGCUAGAAUGCAAGACCUUAGUGGCAUCACAGUGCUCUUGUAUUGAUGGAUUACCAGAUCUCUUGCUCAGCCCAUGCACUUGAGAACUUCACCUGCCCUUGCAAGGCACUGCCCCUUACCACACUGCUGCUAAAGGUUCAUGGUUGGCAGGUGGUACCCUGGGUAUAUACCAGUUCACUUGAGUUUUAAAAAGUGACAAAUAGCAGUAUCACUCCUUGCACGCUCCUGAUAUUGGAAUUGGGAGGUGAGGAGCACAGCACAGAGUUCAGUACUUUGCUCGAGCAACUGAAGUGGCCCAAUGAAACGGAGACAUUCCAAUAACUAUUUGAACGAGCGCUGGUUUGAAAACUCCUCACAAUCUCUCUGCUUCUACCCGUUUUUCCAGAGCUCCCUGACAAAUCCACUACUUUUCAGAGUUUGCAUUCUCUCGAUUUGGCUUGUCCCAUUUCCCAGUUCUACAAAAUAAUGGUUUGAAAUCUUCUUAACCUAAAUCAAGGGCCUCUAUCUUAUCUGUUGUGAUAAGCAUGAUGCCAAGAGCUCCUCCCUCAGCUCCUGAUUCUGUCCAUUAUGAGAUUGGAGCCAGCUUCCAUGGAUAUAUGCACCUCUUCUUUGUAGCUUCCUUCUGCUUUUCCUUUGCAGAAAGCAGCUGCCUUCCUGAACAGGGCAUGGCAUCAAGUUGCCUGUGGUGUCCUGAUACAGCUCCACAGGGUUCAGUUCAAGCUAGGCCUUGGAUUCAUGGCAAUGGUACCAUCUUGGCCCAGUUGCAGAUGGACAUCUAGUUAUUUGGGAUGGGUACUGUGGAAGAAACAAGCUUCACUUUGUUGUUUGGUUUUGAAGUUGUCAGAGACGCUUUAUUAUACAAGCAGCUGCAAGCAGGGGGAGGGAGGGGGACACUGAGCCCCCACCCUCAGACAGUUAAAGCAAGCUUUUUAUAUGUUUCAAUUCAGGUCACAUGACAUAAGAUAUAACAAGUCAAACACAAAACUGGUUUGAACCAGAAAGCUGCCAAGACAGGAAGCUGCAAGGGCAGGAAAAACUGUGGUUUGACCUAUUGACCUCAUAGGCCUCCUCAGCAUUAUGGAAAAUUCCACAAUGCACUUCUUAAACAGAAAUUAAGGCCAAGGGUUUUCUUCUUCCGCAGUACUAGCCACUUUAUCCCUCUGUGAGCCAUUGGAUUAAAAAAAAAAAUAAAAAAAUCAGGAUGCCUUAA